AUGCCGCCCAAAGCCAAAACAUCGACGACGUCGAAAAGGUCCAGUAAAAUCGAGAAGAAGGGGACGACGAAAAGCAAUGUAAAUAAAUCGAGCACACCUGCUGAUGCGACGAUCCAGGAGAGUCGCGCGGAUCUGUUGGCCAAGAUACAAGCGGUGGAACGCGAGGCAGUCAAGGCAAACGAGCACAGGAACUACAUGGAGUUGGAACGCGAUAAGAUCGAUGCGUUUUGGGAAAUUACGAAGAGUGAGCUCGACUGUACGCGCGUGGAGCUACGUGAUACUCAACGUGAGUUGGAGAUGAUGUCAGAGCAGUAUUCGAUGGAGUUGCGCUUACAAUCUUACAAGGUCAAACAGGUGAAACACGAACAACUGGAGAUGGAGGCGAAGAUUCGAACGGAGUGCGACGAGGAGGCAUUGCGGCUUCGGGAAGAGUGUCAGCAGCACAUUCUACCCGUCAACAAAGCGAUCGAGAGCACUGAGGAGCGAUUUCGGAGCACACUUAGAGAGCAUGAUGAACACGUCAGGAAACUAAAAUUAGAACAUGGUACAAAUUUACGCUCGGCUCGAGAGCUUUAUGAGCAAAUAUCAUCGAGCCAAGUGAAGCAGGUGGAACAAGAGACGCUACAAACAAUGGAUACGUUGCGAUCGUGCGUAAACGGCCAACUUGGAGACGCGGAAGAGCGAUACGCAGCUUACAUAGAUCAACUCGUGAGAUCUCACACAAAUGCGUAUGAGGAUCUCAAACAUUACUUUAGUGAGCUCACAGAUGCACAAGUGCUUGAAAUCGAGCGACUGAAACAGCAGCUAAAUGAAAAAUCGGAUAUGUGCAUGAAGCAGACGGUGACGUUGAACGAGAUCAGGGAAGAGAACACUUCAUUGGUUGAACCGUUAGCUCAAGCGCAACAGAUACUAAGCGAAACGCAGAGGCGGCUCGACAAAGCUGAACGCCGUUGUGCACAGCUCGAGCAAAGCGAGAAAACAUUGAAACAUGUGACGAGUCGCUUAAAAGAAGCGCUCUGGCAGAAUGAACUUCUUGUUCAGCGAUUGGAGAGCGUCGAUGGAGGGGUUCAUGCGUCAUAUCCUAUGUUAUUGAAGGCGUGA